AUCCCGCGUCUGCGAAGAGAGCUGGAAGACGUUUUGUGGAAUGAAAUUAGGGGUUAAGUGGACGGCGUUGGAUGAUGGAUUCGUGGAGCUAAACCCAGUCACAUCAUACGGUCAGAGCGAGCUCGCCGACUUGCAUGCAAAGAGGAUUGAUGAGUACGACGGUAGAAAUCGCAAGAAGGCAAAAUCGUAUGCCCAGGACUUGGCCAAUCGAGUCUUCCUGCUGAAAGCGGACAUAUACAACAGGGUCCAACAUCUCAUGGAUGACAAGAUCCAGGCUACAAACAAAACCCCCUUUCGCCGCCGCGAAUGGCGAAUUGUGAUACUGGACGAAUGCGAGGUUCAGAUGACAGAACUACUCCCAGAACGCAAGAAGGGGAUUUUCCGAUGCCAGCCAGAAAAGCCGGCCAUGAGUAGGUGGUUUAUCGUACUCCGGGGCCAAGAGGUUAAGACGACAAAGGAGGACGGAGGCUGGCGGCUGUUUAACCGCCAUUCUAAUCCGUGGUGGAGAAUUGAUGCACGGGAAACCCAACAGGCACGCAAGGAACAUCGGGACCACUUUGAGAAGGUCAACAGAGAUUUGGGCAUGAGACGAGGUGUUAUUUUCCGUGAUUAGAACGGGCCGGUAGGAGUUUAAGGCGACAUCAGGAUUCAGGACUGGGAACUCGGGACUCGGGACUCGACUGAACAAAUUGUAGUAAUGUAAUUUCGCGCUCACGGAGGGCAUCUAAUAGUUAUCUAUGAAGGAGAUGAUGACAUCGGAGUUGUUUAGGGCUAGGUAGAUAGUUAUAUGAAUAAUGAAGAACCCUUUACCGGUAUAUAUGAACAGGGGUAUCACAUUAAGAUGCCUCUUUGCAUACUAUGUACCGUAAUGUACGAUACGACCUGGCUCCGAUGAACGAAAAAAAAAGAAGAAUCCAUGGAAUCCUUGGCCGCACUGCUCACCAUCUCAGCCGCGCUUUAGGAAUAGACGGGAA